AUGAGUUUGCUUCUUAAAAAGAUUGAAGUCGAACCUCAAAUGGAAUCCAAAAGUUUAUUUCUUUUCCAGGGUUUUGAUAUGUCCUACUACAUCAAAACUAAUCUAGAAACGUUUGUUUCUUCAAAGUAUCAAUAUAAAGUCUUAGAAAAAUGUAAACUCAUUAAUAGUAAUCGGAAUUUUUAAUUAAAGAAAAAAAAUUAAAGACCCCAAUUUCCAAUUAUUAUGAAUUAGAAUAAAAUCUCCGCCCUGCAUAUGCUCUCUUCCUAAUGAUGAAUUGUUUUGCUAUGGGUUUGAAUUGGCUGAUUAUUCAUUUUCUGGAUCAGCUUAUAUAUUAAACUCAUAUAAUAGGAUAAAGAAGCUACCUGAUGGGAUUCCUUGCUUUGGGGGAACAGGAAUUUAUUAUGAAAAUGCAGUUUAUAUAUUCGGAGGAAGCCGAUAUGGAUUUGAUUUAUAUCCUAUUCCUUUAAAUAAUGCUAGGAAGUUUGAUUUUUUACAAAAUAAAUGAAUGAGGUUAGCGAAUUUACCUGAGCCUUCUCUUUAUUUAUUCAUUACAGAAUUUUUUGAUGAAAUUUUGAUUGCAGAGUAUGAAGUAAGUAAAAUUUAUUCUUAUGAUAUUUUUUCAAACAUUUAUAGUGAAAUUCCUUUAGAAUUAGCUAUGCACUCAGCUAAAAUAUUAUUUAGAUAUGAAGAUAGGGCUUAUUUAAUUGAUAGUAAAAGAAUGAUAAAUGUAAGUGGAAUAAAAGAUUCUUUUACAUGAGAAAAUAUAGGCCAAAUUAAUCGAAUUGCUGGAUUUAAAAUAUAUCAAUGAGCUUAUUAUAGUGGAUCUAUUUAUUUUGGGAUUGGCAAAUCGAUUUAUAAAUUUUUUAUGAAGAAAAAGGUUGCAGAAAUCGAAAGAGUGAUAACUAAAUGCAAUUUUAUAUAA